AUGUCCACAGUAUGGAUACCCCGUCGAUACAUUGUGACCUGGCUUCUAUUGUUCACCCAAAUAUCAGCUUUCUCAGCCAACAACAAUGACAACAAUCAAAAUGGAGAUAACAACGCCAAGGAAGUCAUUGAAGUCGAGGAAGCUCCCGAGUCCAUUUCACGACGAAAUCUUCUUACUUGGCCCAUUGGAAUAGGCGGUGCAGUAGUUUAUGGUAAGCUGUUGUCAAGCUCACUCGAGAAGUUAUCCCGUGGAGAUUCGGUGUUUCCAGACGACCAUGAGCGACGGGUCCGAAUGGUCCUCUCCACAUCCCUUCAAGCGAGUGCUCAAGGCCUAAUGAUGACCAACCACAGAAUCAUCGCCAACGACCAAUCACCACUAGCAGACGCACCGCCAUCACCGUCAUCGCCUCGUCCAUUUCGAGUGCUAGAAGUUGGAAUUGGCAAUGAAUGGAGACUGGCACGACGUGGUUUGUACGGAGAUGGACUCCAAGAAUUGAGACGAAUGGGAAUUCGCGAUUUGGAUGUCACUGGGGUGGAUUUGGUCACUCCCAAAGAAGCCGUUUUGAAGCAAGCGCGCGACAAGAUGCAAGCACUGGUAGCCGCGACGGGUGAAGUAGGAGAGCAGCCAGCGCUCCGUGUCAACUUGCACGCCAUCAAAGGCAGCAUCACGGCCAAACUGAAUGACUAUCCGAAUGGCUACUUUGAUGCUGUCAUUUGUUCCUUGACCUUGUGCAGCGUGGACGAUCAGACAGCAGCCUUGGCAGAGAUUCAUCGGUUGAUGCGUUCCUCGGGUGGUACCUUUGGCUAUCUGGAGCAUGUAGCAGUUGAUGAUGAUGAACCGUAUAGUUUCUUGGAGGUCCAACAAAAGGUACUAGACCCACUGCAACAAGCCUUGGCAGACAAUUGUCAUUUGCAUCGGUAUACAGAUGAAACUAUAGCGGAAGAGUUCCGAUUACCACAAGACAAUGACAAUGACAAUGACAAUGACAAUGCGAGCCAAUUAUUGACGUCUUCAUCAUCAUCUUCGUCCUAUCUUUUGCACGAACGGUUUCUGGUGGAUGGCAUGUGGCCAAUCUCCUGCCAAUGCUGUGGUGUGAUUCAGCAAAGAAUGUGA